AUGGCAGGCCAAUUAAGGUACGACGGCCAGGUCGUGGUCGUCACAGGCGCUGGAGGUGGUCUGGGAAAGGCAUAUGCCACCUUCUUCGGGUCCCGAGGCGCAAGCGUCGUCGUCAACGACCUGGGGGGGUCUUUCAAGGGUGAAGGCAACUCCUCAAAAGCCGCCGAUGUAGUCGUCGACGAGAUAAAGAAGGCCGGCGGAAAGGCCGUCGCAAACUACGACUCCGUAGAGAACGGCGACAAGAUCAUCGACACCGCGAUCAAGGCGUUUGGUCGUGUCGAUGUCCUCAUCAACAACGCCGGUAUCCUUCGAGACGUCAGCUUCAAGAAUAUCAAGGACCAAGACUGGGACCUGAUCUUCAAGGUCCACGUCAAGGGCGCCUAUAAGUGUGCUAGGGCAGCAUGGCCGCACUUCAGGAAACAGAAGUAUGGUCGUGUCAUUAAUACCGCCUCGGCUGCUGGCCUGUUUGGCAACUUUGGUCAGACAAAUUACUCUGCUGCCAAGUUGGCCCAGGUCGGUUUUACCGAGACUCUGGCCAAGGAGGGCAUCAAGUACAACAUCUUGUGCAACGUCAUCGCCCCGAUCGCAGCUAGCCGCAUGACCGAGACUAUCAUGCCCCCAGACGUCCUUGACCUCAUGAAGCCCGAGUGGGUCGUGCCUUUGGUUGCUGUUCUGGUCCACAAGGACAACACAACCGAGACUGGCGGCAUCUUCGAGGUUGGCGGUGGCCACAUGGCCAAGCUCAGGUGGGAGCGCUCAAGCGGCCAGCUGCUCAAGUGCGACGACAGCUACACCCCAGGGGCCGUUCUGAAGAAGUGGGACUCGGUCAUCGACUUUUCCAAGCCGCAGUAUCCAACUGGGCCCAACGACUUUGUCAACCUGCUGGAAGAGUCUCAGAAACUAGGCCCCAACCAAGGAGGGGAGAAGCUUGACUUCUCGGGCCGUGUUGCGUUGGUGACCGGAGGAGGCGCUGGAAUUGGCCGUGCUUACUCGCUGGCUUUCGCCAAGUACGGAGCUGCCGUUGUCGUCAAUGACCUUGUCAACCCAGACGACGUGGUCAACGAGAUCAAGAAGUCGGGCGGCAAGGCCGUUGGCGUCAAGGCCUCGGCUGAGGAUGGCGAUGCCGUUGUGAAGGCUGCUAUCGACGCCUUCGGCCGGAUCGACAUUGUUAUCAACAACGCAGGUAUCCUACGUGACAAGUCAUUCCACAACAUGGAUGACAGCCUCUGGGACCCUGUCAUGAACGUGCAUGCUCGCGGGACCUAUAAGGUCAGCAAGGCUGCUUGGCCCUAUAUGCUCAAGCAGAAGUAUGGCCGUAUUAUCAACACUACCUCCACAAGUGGUAUCUACGGAAACUUCGGCCAGGCCAACUACUCUGCAGCGAAAUGCGCUAUUCUUGGUUUCUCCCGCGCCCUUGCGCUCGAGGGUGCCAAGUACAACAUCUAUGUCAACACCAUUGCUCCCAACGCUGGCACAGCAAUGACCAAGACCAUCUUGCCGGAGGAGCUGGUGCAGGCUUUCAAGCCGGAAUACAUCGCCCCGGUGGUCGUUGCUCUGUCCAGUGACAAGGUCCCCAAGAACCCAACCGGAGGCCUGUACGAAGUAGGCAGUGGAUGGGUCGGCGCGACCAGGUGGCAGCGGACUGGAGGUCACGGCUUCCCCACAGACGUGCCACUCACACCUGAGGAGGUCCUGAAGAACUGGAAGGACGUUGUCACCUUUGACGGCCGGUCCGACCAUCCUGACAAGACCCAGGCCAGUUUGGAGAAGAUAAUGGCGAAUGCUGGGAACAAGGCAGGCGGAGGUGCUAAGAGUGAUGCACCCUCGGGCGGAAAUGAGUACCUGGACGCUAUCCAAACGGCCCUGAAGGCCGAGUCCCCAGCUACCGAGUUCAAAUUCACCGAGCGCGAUGCGAUUCUCUACAACCUCGGAGUGGGUGCGAAGAGGAAUGACCUCAAAUACGUCUUCGAGGGAGCCGAGGACUUCCAGGUGCUCCCGACCUACGGGGUCAUACCCCCGUUCGACGCCGAGACGCCCUUCAGCCUCGACAGCCUCGUCCCCAACUUCAGCCCCAUGAUGCUCCUCCACGGCGAGCAGUACCUCGAGGUCCGGAAGCACCCGAUCCCCACGUCGGGCCGGCUGCUCAGCUACGCCAAGCUGAUCGAGGUCGUCGACAAGGGCAACGCGGCCAUCGUCAGGCACGGCGUGACCACCGUCAACGCCGAGACCAAGGAGGAACUGUUCUACAACGAGAUGACCGUCUUCCUCCGGGGAUCCGGCGGCUUCGGCGGGCAGAAGAAGCCCGCCGACAGGGGCGCCAGCACGGCGGCGAACAAGCCGCCCGGGCGGGCGCCGGACGUCGUCGUCGAGUCCAAGACGACUGAGGAGCAGGCGUGUAUCUACCGGCUGAGCGGCGACUACAACCCGCUCCAUGUUGAUCCUGCCUUCGCCAAGAUGGGUGGGUUCAAGGUACCUAUCCUGCACGGCCUCUGCUUCAUGGGCAUCGCUGGCAAGGCUGUUUACGAGCAGUUUGGCCCAUACAAGAACAUCAAGGUCCGCUUCGCCGGCACAGUGCUGCCGGGCGAGACGCUGGUGACCGAGAUGUGGAAGGACGGCAACAAGGUCAUCUUCCAGACCAAGGUCAAGGAGACGGGCAAGCUGGCGAUAGGCGGCGCGGCGGUUGAGCUUGCCCCGGAUGCGAAGGGCAAGUUGUAG